AUGGUGGUCAUCAGCCCAAACACUCUUCCAACAACUGCGGCAGCCGUGUGCUCUUCCGCAAAUUCCGCAGCGGUUCCAAGUGGUGUCUACAGCACUGCAGAAUAUUCAAUCAUCUCAGAUCUUACCAAAGCUGCUAAUGAUGGAAAAAACGCGUAUCUUAUUCUGGGUGCUAAGAGAACUUCAGUCUGUGAAAUGCAAUUUAUCACUGCCACGUGUAACCAAUUAACAUCUUUUACGUGGACAGAUGAGACUCCGGGAAAUGCUGGAUUUGCAGUGGAAAAUUGGCUAGAUAUGCGGCCAAAUAACUGGAGAAAAAAUCAGGAUUAUUUGAUGGUGAACACGGCGAGUGGGGAGCUUGAUGACGUGGAAGCUACGAGAGCUGUUGCUGGAGCGGUUUGCGGAAUGCCAGCUACAUAA